UCUGGAAAUAGCUAUAUGAUACAGAAGUUUGUCAGUGCCUUGUUGGUUCAUUAAUUAGAGGCAUUCCAUACCCUGAGAUCCUUGGAAAGUCGAACCAUCUUUGGUUAAUGGCGUAGGUUUGGAAAAUUGUCUCUUGGUGCAAGUCAUAUCUGCUAAUGCCAAAAUAUUGCAGUUCCUUAACUUUUGUAUGACAUUCAAAUUUCUUAAUUUACAUCCAAAAUGCCAACACAAUCGGCAUCCAGGUGUGCGUCCGCACAUAUGCAUGUUACACCUCUUCGAGUAACUAAAAGAAGAUGCAUGCCAUGCAUGUUACAUCUCUUGGAGUAACUAGAAGAAGACGCAUUUUAGUUAUGAAGAAGGCUGUGGUGGUGACCUGCAAUUUUAAUUAGGAACUGAGGAAGCCAGCAUAACGGUAAUGACUCAAGAUAUGUCUGGUUCUGAUUCACACCAAAGACGGCAAGGCCUUUUAAAAGAUCAAGUUCGAUUGGUUAAGCGAAGGGAUUCUUCUUCUUACGAGAUUGUACCGAUUCAAAGUUCUUUGUCAUUUGAGAAGGGGUUCUUUAUAGUAAUCCGUGCGUGCCAGUUGUUGGCCCAAAAGAAUGACGGAAUAAUAUUAGUAGGAGUUGCGGGUCCUUCUGGGGCUGGAAAGACUAUAUUUACCGAAAAGAUUCUCAACUUUAUGCCCAGCGUUGCUGUCAUAUCAAUGGACAACUACAAUGAUGCCAGUCGAAUUGUCGAUGGAAACUUUGAUGAUCCACGCUUGACAGACUACGACACAUUGCUCCAGAAUGUCAAUGAUUUAAAAGCAGGGAAGCAGGUUGAGGUUCCAGUUUAUGACUUCAAGUCUAGUUCCCGGACAGGAUACAGGACAGUUGAAGUCCCAAGUUCCCGUAUUGUGAUCAUUGAGGGCAUCUAUGCUUUGAGUGAAAAGUUGCGACCUUUUCUGGAUUUACGAGUAUCAGUCACAGGUGGUGUUCACUUCGACCUUGUCAAAAGGGUUUUACGGGAUAUACAAAGAGCUGGGCAAGAACCAGAAGAAAUAAUCCAUCAAAUAUCUGAAACUGUAUAUCCAAUGUACAAGGCAUUUAUUGAGCCAGACCUUCAAACAGCACAUAUAAAAAUUAUCAACAAGUUUAACCCGUUUACUGGAUUUCAGAGCCCCACUUACAUUUUGAAGUCAGCAAAGAACUUGUCUGCGGAUCAAAUUAAGGCUGUUUUUUCUGAAGAUCUCACAGAAGCCAAGGAGGAGACCUAUGAUAUAUACCUUCUACCACCUGGUGAAGAUCCCGAAUCUUGCCAAUCAUAUCUGAGGAUGCGGGAUAAAGAUGGGAAAUAUAGUCUAAUGUUUGAGGAAUGGGUGACAGAUAACCCAUUUGUUAUAUCACCGAGAAUAACUUUUGAGGUCAGUGUGCGUCUUCUUGGUGGACUAAUGGCCUUGGGCUACACCAUUGCAACUAUCCUUAAAAGAAGCAGCCAUGUAUUCUCCAACGAUGGUGUAUGUGUAAAAAUUGAUUGGCUAGAGCAACUGAAUCGUCGAUAUAUUCAGGUGCAAGGAAAAGAUCGGGUAGUUGUAAGAUGUGUUGCUGAGCAGCUUGGCUUGGAAGGUUCAUACAUUCCUCGUACAUACAUUGAACAGAUUCAACUGGAAAAGCUUGUAAAUGAGGUCAUGGCUUUGCCAGAUGAUUUGAAGACGAGGCUUAGCCUAGAUGAGGAUCUUGUUUCAAGCCCCAAAGAAGCACUUUCCAGAGCCACUGCAGAUAGAGUUGCCAUGAGAAAUAAGAAUCUCAAGAGUGGUAUGUCACAGUCCUAUACAACCCAACGGGACAAAAGUACAUCUAGGCUCACCGGAUAUUCUUCCAGCAGUCAAAGGUUUGAUGAGAGAAACAGAGAGUCAUCAACAACGCUAGCAAGCCAGGGAGUAGUGACUCAGCUAUCAGAGCAAAUGUCUUUGCUGAAUGAUAGAAUGGAUGAGUUUACAAAUCGAAUCGAAGAGCUGAAUUCCAAGCUGACCGUGAAGAACUCUCCUAGCCAACAAAACAUGGCUCUGCAAGCUGAAAACUGCAAUGGCUCUGCUCCCACGUCUUACUUCAUUUCUGGCUUAGGCAACGGUUUGUUAACUGGGGCGAUAAUGCCUAAUUCCUCCUCUUCCUCACAGCUGACUAAGGAGUCUUCAGUAAUGGAAGAGAUGUCAAGCAUUGCGAGGGGGCAACGUCAAAUCAUGCAUCAGUUAGACAAUCUCAGCAAUCUUCUCCGGGACAGCAAUGGGGAAAGACCUCGCCCGGUAAAAACUAACAGCAGGAAGAACAUCGUAGCUCAACCCGAACCCUUGACGGUUCCUCUUGCAAUAACGCUGGCAGUUGGAGUUGUAGGAGUGAUCAUAUACAAGGUUCGUUGCAGUUCUACCCUUCUGGUCGGGAGACACUUAACGUAUAGAGAUGCAGGUGGAAGCAAAAGCAAAAGCUUUCUAGUUCUUAUAUCUGAGAGUUUGUAGAGAAGGGUGCCUUUGCAAUUUUGAAAUUUUGCGGGGCUAUUUUGAAAUUUGCUAGUUCUAACGUAUCCAAAGCAGAUAUGAAAAUAGAGAAAUUUCACUGUAAUCUAAUAUUGCAUUAUUUACAAUUACUUGCCAACUCGAAGUGGUCAUUACUUAUAAAUAAAUCCUUUUUAGCUUUCAAAUUCGAUUACAA